AUGGAGAGCGGAGAUUUGCACGGCUUCUUGCCCAUCGCUGAAGGCAUGCCAGUCGCUCUGACUGAUCAAAUAGAUCGCAGCGAGGACAAGAACCUCCUGCGCGGUCGCGUCGGCCGCGUUCAGCCUUGGGUUUGCGACGGGGACGGAGAGCGCGAUCGGAAGACUCCGAAAGUGAUUUUCGUGUUGUUCGACGAAGGCGACGACGGAAAGGGCGGGCGGAAGCCGCGCGAGUGGGCGAUCGAGGGACUAAGGACGCCGGGCUUGCACCAGGUGGUUCCGCAAAGGAAGGAGUGGUUCGUGGAUAAAGGUCGUCCGCGCCCGCGACUGAAGGUCAAAAGACGGCAGUUCCCGCUGGCUCCGGCCUUCGGGGCGGCGGCCUACGUGGCGCAGGGGCAAACUUUUAAGCGAGGUGCCGUCGUGGACCUCAGCAUCGGCGGGGGCGCGUCACCUUUGUCGAGCUGCGUGGCACUGACGAGGGUGCAUCGCCGGGAGGACAUGCUGAUCUUUCGCCCGUUCGACAUUGCGCCGUGUCAGAAGAAGGGCGAGCGGAAGGGGGCGAUAGAAAAGGAGUUCAUGCCGUCCGGCAGGUGUGCGGUUUGCGGAUGCACGAAGUACAAAAACAUGUACCCGACGGUGGGGCAGGGGAGCCGCGCAGACGGGCUGCGCGCGUGCAGCGCGUGCCUCGAAGACAAGAAGAGAUUGGGCACCCCGUGGCGAUGCAUGGAGUGUGGUCCGCGGGAAUGCCAGGGGGCGUUCCCCGCUUCACAGCACCACCCGUCGAAGUUGACAACGCGGCGUUGCGUGGACUGCCCCGAGGGAAGGAGUUGCCGCGUGUGCGAAGUGAGAAAAUGCGAGGAGGCGUUCGCGCAGUAUCAGUGGGAACUGGCGGGGAACAGCCGUGGUAGAGGAGGAAUGUGCGCAGAGCGUGAAGAGCUGAAAAAGCACCUCGUAUGCGGCCGCUGCAAGGAGAGCAAGAUCGCCACCCACUUCGCGAAGCGCGACGUAGAUGACCUGGG